AUGCCAACUGCUCAAAUUGGAAUAAGUAUACUCCUACGUCUGUCGGAAACUAUAGUUUCAAGCAUCGUAUUAGGAUUGACUGCAAGAUUCGUUUCGGAUGAAGUGACUGGAAGAACUGUUUUCAUCCUCAUUACUUCAAUAAUCAGCUUACUAUACCUUUGGUACAUUGGGUUUUGGGUCCCAGUUGCAUUUAAUGGAAACUCGCCUUCAAUAAUAAUUCUUUUUGGCGAGACUUUUAAUAUGGUCCUCUACUUGAUCUCGUGGAUUAUUCUUGCAACAGAAUUCCCAACAGACUGCAAUACAGAUAACGAGUGGAGCAAGACUAGCUGCCAUAUCUAUCAAGCAUUAUUACCAUUCACAAUUCUUAACUGGAUCUUGUUCACUACAACAACUGCUAUUUAUCUUGGAAAGGGGCUUUCGCCAGAAUUACGAGAGUUUAGCCCCUUGCACAUAUUUGCACCAUCAAAUUACUUUUGGGGUAGUCUUUUCUUCAAUUUGAACAAGACUUCCGAGAUUAAUAUGCGGCCAUUCCCAUUCUGCUGUAUUCCAUAUAUUGGAUCAAACAAGAGGAAAAACGACUUGGAAAAAACCCCAAAUAGUGAGAACUUUGUAAUAGAUGAUGAAGUUGAAUCAGAUGCUGGUGCUGAUGCUGGUGCUGAUGCUGGUGCUGAAACUAAUGCGGAAACUAAUGCUGAAACUAAUGCAGAUGCAAAUAUUGAACAAGAAGAGCAAAUAACUGAAGAUUCUUCAAAUACAAAACAACACACUGUAGACGAAGCCAAUAUUUAA